CGGGCGCUGCACGUGGGCCGCGGCAGAAUGAUAAUAAAGAAAAAGAGAAAAGAAGUUCAUGAGGAACCUGUACAGAAAAAGAAAAAGGUGAAAAGUAGUAGGAGCCAGACUAUCAUUAAAAUGGAGAAACAUGUUCAAGCUGUCAUUAAAACUGAGGAUGAUGACCAGCUGGAGACAAAAAUAAAGGUAAGGAAAAAGGAAAAUUUAAAAGAAGAUGAAUGCUUAGAUCAAUUAGAACUGAAGAAGAAGAAGAAGAAAAACAAGAAAAAGAAAGUUGGCUCUGAAUUACUGAAAGAAGCACAUUCAGAAAGCUUUGUGAAUGUAGGUCAUCUGGAUUCAGAACCUCAAGAGGCAUCAGAGGAAGAAAUUAAAAUUCUCAAAAAGAAGAAAAAAAAAGUCCAAUGUCAUUCCUCCUUAUCAUUGGAGAAUAAUCAGAGUAGUGAUGUGGAGCUUUCAAAUUAUCAUACAGAUGGUACUAAGGAAAAUGAAUUUGCUUUUAAAAAAAGCAGAAAGAAUAGUGCUUUGAAUUUGGAAUUGGAUGGUGAAGUAACUAAGAAAAAAAAGAAGAAAGGCAUUUUUUCUUUUUCAUUAGAGGACAUCCAGGACAGUGAACAUAAAUGGUCUGAAAAAGUUCGUAAAAAGCCACACAGAUACAUUUCACAAGAAAAAGCUUUUACAGGCAAAAACCAUGGAACAGAUAUUAUCCAGAAUGAUGGGGAGAGUUAUAUGAGAAGAAAGAGGAAGAAAAAGAAAGAUAGGUCCGACUUCUUUUUACCACUAGCAGAUAAUCAGGACAACAUCUAUGGAGUUCCUGAUAGCCCCAUUGCAUUCAGUGACUUCAGAAAAAGGCAAAGAAAGAAUUCCCAGGAAAUUACAUUGACAAAUAGAGAGGAAGAGGACACUACUGAGAACUCUGGAAGUAUCAGAGAGACCAAGAGGAAGAAGAAGAGAAGCAAAGAUGUUUCUUCCUUAACAUGUGAAGAUAAUCAAGACUACAGUCACAGAGUUCCUGAUAAGCCUCUCCCAGCACAGCAAGACGUUGAGUCUGAGGAAGAAGAGCUUUCUGGAAAAAAAACGAGGAAGAAUAUCAAGGAUAAUAAUGAAGUCAUCAAGAAGAAAAAGAAAAAGAAGAUUCAGAAAGAGGAGGAGGAAACAAUAUAUUCAAAAGUUUCUUUAAACAAUGACAGUGCAUCUAAAAGCCAAAAAAUAACACGACUAGAAAGCAAUAAAAAGAACAAAGAGAGUGAAAUGAAGCGAGCUGAAUGUGUCACAGGGGACGUUGUAGAUAGGGUAUUAUGCAAUAGUAAUCAUAUGCUCUGUGACAGAAAAAGGAAAAAAAGAAAAAAAGCGGUACUACAGGACUUUGCUGAAGAACCAGGUUCAAAAGCAAAUACAACAAAGAAAAAGAUCAAAAGAGAAGACAUGGGAAAUGAGGCACUGGAAUAUGUGGAUGAUGUAACUAUUGUGCAGGAAAAAAAAGGAAACUGUGAUGAAGUUAACAUAGACAAGGUGAGACGGCAGGCUCUGCAAGAAGAAAUCGAUAGAGAAUCUGGCAAAACUAAGGUUUUCAGUCCCAAAGUAGAACGGGAUACAAAGUUCGGCCAGUGGAGUACAGCUGGUUUUCAAAGUUCUGAGGAAGAAAUGAAGUUUUUUAGACUGAUGGGUGGCUUUAAGAAGGGCUCUGUGCCUAUCCAAAAUCUCUCAGCAACCACAAACAAACCGAACAUGGCUCUGAACAGGGAAGGGCAGGAGAAGUUACAGCAGGCUCUGAAGAUGGAGUUCGAUAAAGCAAUGGACUUGAAGCAACAUAGAGGAAUUGGUCUUGGAUUUCAACCUGCUGCCAAUAAAAAAGUAUACAUAGACAAAUAUACAUCUAGAUCUAUAAAAUUUGAAGAUUAAAACUCUGAAGUAAUAAAAGGAAUGAAAAUUCAACAGGCAAAUUUCUUUUUACUUCUGACAUCUUUUUACUUGAAAUAAAAUACAAAAUGUUUAAGAAAUUUGAUUUAUGAGGCACUUUUAGUACAAGUUUUCAACUGCAUACGCCAGAUUAUGUGGAGCUGGGUCCUCACUUCAGCUAAACAGUAAGUUUUUGGAACCUUUACAAUGUUUUGUACAAGGCAAGAGACAGCCUCCUUCAAAGACUGAAGAUACAUGGGCAAUGCCUGCAACAAGUUGAAACUUAAAUUUUUUUAAAAUGCUGAUUU